CUUUCUGGAUUUGGCCAAUUGGGACGGAGCAGUAAUUACUAAUUCAUUACAAUACGAAGGGGAGUGACGCAGUUGCUGAAAACCAAAAGCUACCCGCGUAAGACCUGAAAAAACCUCGAGAUUCGGGUGCCAUUCCGGUUGGAGGUUGCGGUCGUCCGCGAGGACUCGAUGCGAUAACCAGAGCGAGACAUGCCGCAGCCUAAGUCACGAAAGCUCGCCAUCCUCGGAUACCGAUCCGUAGGAAAGUCCUCUUUGACCAUUCAGUUUGUCGAGGGCCAGUUUGUCGACUCCUAUGACCCCACAAUAGAAAAUACGUUUACUAAGAUGAUCACGAUAAAUGGACAAGAAUAUCAUCUCCAGCUGGUGGACACGGCAGGACAGGAUGAAUAUUCCAUCUUCCCUCAGACGUACUCCAUAGAUAUAAAUGGCUACAUCCUAGUCUAUUCCGUGACAUCCAAUAAAAGCUUUGAAGUGGUCCAAGUGAUUCAUGAAAAACUGCUGGACAUGGUGGGGAAAGUUCAAGUUCCCAUCAUGCUCGUUGGAAACAAAAACGAUCUGCACAUGGAGAGAGUAAUCAGCUGCGAAGAGGGGAAAGCAUUAGCAGACUCUUGGAACGCUGCCUUCAUGGAAUCCUCGGCCAAAGAAAACCAGACGGCCGUGGAGGUUUUUCGCCGGAUGAUCUUGGAGGCAGAGAAAAUGGAUGGCGGCGCACAGCCUGGCAAGACGUCCUGCGCCAUCAUGUAGGGGGCCAGCCACAACCGAUGUGACUACAUAUAUAUCAGGGAUGAGAAUUUUCUGCGGAUCUGCGCAUUUCCGUGUUUUUUUCCGUCGAAAGUAUCAUUUUCGUGAAUCGUGUAAAUCCGUUGAGAAUUUUUAUAUAUAUAUAUAUAUAUAUAUAUAUAUAUACACACACACACACACACACACACACGGGAGGGGGGUAAGCGGCCGGCCAGCUGGCCGGGCAACGUUAGCCUUGGCGACUCGCGAGCAUUCGCCCGGCAUCUUUUGGCACAUCUCAAGGCAAAA